UUUCAUAUCCUGCUUUUUUAUUUGGUUUUCCUGCUGUGUAUAUGUGUGGCAAUUUUCGGAAAACCAAAAAUUUAUCUUGAGUUUGCUUUCGGUAUAUAAGGAAAUUUAUGAAUUGUGAAUGAUAAACACUUUGAAAAUAAUUAGUUACAGCUGUUCAGAAUUACUUUGUUUUGCUUACUAUCAAACAUUUCUUUGGUGUUAUGGUUCUGACAUUUAAAUUGACGAAUAUUUUCAAUAGGAAUUUGUUGUUUUUCACUUGAUCAAGUGAUAUUUAUGAUAAUAAUUUCGUAAUUAAUAUCGUUAUGUCGGCAACAUUAACUCCCGAACAGGAAAAUGCUACUAAAGAAUUCAUAGAACAAGUGAAUAAAAAGUAUAAAAGAAAGUUAGGUCCAAUUUCCUGGUCAUUAGCAGUGAGAUUCUUAUAUGCCCGUAAGUUUGAUGUUAUUCGGGCAGUAACUCUUUUUGAACAACAUGAAAUAACCAGGAGAAGAGAAGGCCUAAUUAAUUUUGACCCCUCAAAAGAACCUUUAUGUUCUGAACUUAUGACUGGAAAAUUUACAAUUUUGCCUAAAAGAGACAUCUCUGAUGCUGCCAUUGCAGUAUUCACUGCCCAUAAACAUGUGCCUCUGAGCUGUACGCAUCAAACAACAUUGCAAGGUGUUGUUUAUCAAUUGGAUGCUGCUCUUCAAGAUCCAAUAACUCAAAGAGCAGGCAUAGUUUUCAUCUAUGACAUGACUGGAUCGAAGUAUUCAAAUUUUGAUUAUGAUUUGUCACAGAAAAUUCUGACGUUAUUAAAGGGUGGUUAUCCGGCAAAGUUGAAGAAAGUCCUAAUAGUGACCGCCCCGCUGUGGUUCAAGGCACCCUUCAGCCUCCUAAGGCUCUUCGUUAGGGAAAAACUACGUGAUCGUGUGUACACUGUAUCGGCAGCCCAGCUGCUUCAGCACAUACCUAGGGACUCGUUGCCUGAGAAACUGGGCGGCACACUUCGAGUCGAUCACAAUGGUUGGCUGGAGCGUUGCCUGCAGCUGGCAAUGACUGCAAGAACGGAAUCGCCUCAGCCAAAUUACGGAGGAAAGACACCAUCCCCGAAGCGAAUCACGACGCCUCCUUUGAACGAGAACGACUCUGCCCAGAACGUCUCGGUGGACAGCUGGGCAGAAGAGGCAAGCCUGAAUCCCCCCAGCUCUGCAUCCAGUGGUUUCUCGGACGACGAUUCCUUACACGGUGAGGGGGCAGCACUGACUGUCGCUCAGCUGGUGGCACACGUCCGAGACAAGGGCAGGGCCGGUUUGGCCGAAGAGUAUGCGGAAAUCAGGGCUAGACCACCGGAUGGUACAUUCAAUGUGGCCAAGUUGAAAAACAAUCUGCCGAAAAAUAGAUAUACAGAUGUAUUAUGCUAUGAUGAUAGUAGAGUUAUUUUGUCUGAGGCAUGUGAUGAAGACGGUGACUACAUACACGCCAAUUUUGUGGAUGGGUAUAAACAAAAGAAUGCCUUUAUCAGUACACAGGGUCCUCUCCCUAAAACCACUGCCGAGUUUUGGCGCAUGGUCUGGGAGCAACAAACGCUUGUUAUCGUUAUGACAACCAAGGUAAUGGAAAGGGGUAGGCCUAAGUGUCACCAAUAUUGGGAGUCUGACGUUGAUAGUGAAGCAACAUACGGCAUUUUCACCGUCAAAACUAUUGCUAUCGAAGCAGAUCCUGAUACCACAGUGACUACACUGUUGUUGACCAAUAAUAGAACUGAAGAGUCGAGGGACGUUUCACAUUGGCAAUUUACGUCCUGGCCUGAUUAUGGAGUACCUACUUCAGCGAAGGCUCUAUUGGAAUUUUUGAGCCGAGUUAGGAGAAAACAGUCUAUUAUGGUCUCUUCCUUGGGAGAUACCUGGGCUGGCCAUCCUAGAGGACCUCCUAUUGUGGUGCAUUGUAGUGCUGGUAUCGGUAGAACAGGUACUUUCUGCACAUUGGAUAUCUGUAUAUCGAGACUGGAAGAAAUCGGGACGGUAGAUAUUCGGGGUACAGUUGAGAAAAUUCGCUCGCAACGAGCAUACUCCAUACAAAUGCCAGACCAGUACAUCUUUUGCCAUUCAGCAUUAAUCGAGUAUGCCCUACUGAAAGGAUACUUAAAUGAAGCUGACCUUGUGGGACUUGACCGAGUUGAAGAAGAUUCUGAUGAGUAACAUGACCACUGCAGAACGAUACGCUUUUAGAUCUGCUUCUAACGAUAACUAAUGAAUUGUAAUUGGAGUAGUGGAUAUAUGAGCAAUAUCGCAAUCUAAUUAGGUGAUGAAGGAUAGUUACUAUAUUCUGCAAUUUCUUAUAUUAUCGAUUUGAAUUCAGAAUGAGAAAGACACACAUUCGACAUAUUUAAUUCUCUCUGAAAUAUAGGACACUCCUGAAUGAAUAACAGUGAGCUGUUCACAGUGUGAAAUUUAAGAUUCUGACAUGUGCAAUUUAUUUUCAACAUUUAUCAACAACGAAACGGGAUCCUAUAGUUGAAUUUUCUUAAAGUUUCAGCUUUUACCUCAGUUUUAUAUGCAAGUAAUGAGGAAAUCAUGCAAAAUCAAAAAAUUUCGUGAUUUAUACAUACAUAAUUUCAAAUUUUACUUUAAAAAAAUAGAUAGAAAAACAAAUCAUCCAAAAAUUUCUAAUAGCGCCACAUUUUACCAAAAAUGUUGGUUUGUUCAACAUAUCUUCAAAAACUUAAUCCGUGAGUGCGAUUGAGUUUGUUGCAGAUAUGUGAUAACCCCUUAUUACAAUGUGCCUUUUUAGUGUCUAUUUCUUAGCUGAAUUUCAGACAGAUAUCUAGCGCUACAAACUUUGAGGUUAUAUUUAUGUUUCAUUCAUCAGUUUCUGAGAGAUUAAUAUCACAUUUUCUGUAUUAAUACAAUUAUACAAGCAACAAAGUGAAAUUAUAAAAAGACAUUAUAUAACUGUUGUAAUAAUAGUAAUGAAAGAGUUAAAUUAUAGUCAACCUGGCAUUUUUAUACUUUAGUAGGAAAUAAUGGUCGAAUUUCAUGUCUGAUUUGGGCACAUAAAUAGACAGGAAAAAAGUCUAGUGUAAUAAGGGGCUUAUGUUAAACUAACAAAAAUCCAGGUUCAGUUUUGUAUAAAACAGUAUAAUUAAAACAAAUUCUCAAAAAUUUGCUCAAUAAAUCACAUGUAAGGUGCAAUAUUGAAUGGAGGUUGCGUGCUGUUAUAAUAUAUAAACUACCCCAAGAGAUAGGUAAAUUUACACCUGUUUUUUCAUCAAUAUAUAUUUUUAUAGGGUUCUCUUUACUUCAAACCUUAUUUGUAAGUACUGUUCAUAGUAUUGGUUCCCUAUUGAGUUUUAUUAGUAUUAAAAACUUUUGAGAAGGCGAAAAUAAAAUUUCAGAUUCAUCCUUUCUAGGAUAAAGUAAGUUAAUUGAAUUUUUAUUCAUCUCUCAUUCUCUGCUAUUAAAAAUCAAUGUGUAAUUCUUUGGGUUAUGAAAGACUCUCCUCUUCUAUUUAUAUAAUCGAUUCUAAUUUUAUAUAUAGUAAUUUAAUUCAAAAAAUCAUAUCAAUCUAAUCAUUAUUUGAAACAAUAAAAUGAAAGAUUUGAAGCCACAAUAUUUGUUCAGAUAUAUUUUAUCUACUUAUUGUACAUAUUGGAGAGACAGAAGCAUGUUCAAUAUUAAAAAAUUGUGAAUUAAUGGACUGUGUAAUUGUGAACUAUCGAUAAUUGUAAUUCACGAACAAUAAAGAGAUUUUUAUUUA